AUGGGUCGAAGGAAGAUCGAAAUCAAGAAAAUCGAAAAGAAACCCUACCUAAAGGCCACUUAUACGAAGAGGCGAAAGGGUUUGUUCGGAAAAGCUGCUGAGCUUUGUGCUAUGUGUGGUGCCGAAAUCGCGAUUCUUACCGUUUCACCGGGUGGAAAGUUCUACAAUUUUGGCCACCCUGACGUUGAUUCCAUCGUAGCUCGGUACCGUGGUGAUGAAAUUCCAGAUCGUGUUGAGGAAGAUCAUGAUUCCGUUAGUCAUGAAGAUGAUGAUGACGACGAUUUAGCAGGCGAGCAAGAAGUUACAAAUGCCGAGCGAGAAAGAGAAUUAGAAGGCAAGCAAGAGGAGGAAUUAGAGGUCACCACCGAUGAAGGCACUGAGCCUAUGGCCUGCGAAGAGAAGGAUCAUAGUAACCAGGAGACGAAUCUUUUUGAGAACAUCAAUAGAGGAAUUGGUCACUUAUCUCUAGGCUCUAACCACAAGUUUUGGUGGGAUGAGGAGCCUGAUGAUCCAGAACAACUACGGAGGUAUUAUCAAAGCCUAAAACAAUUGAGAAACAAUGUAGUUUGGUUGUUGAAUGAUAGGAACAUGAGAGAAUCAUGCACCAAGGACUAUUUUGGUGGGAUAUGA